AUGGCGAGUCUGCUCGAGCGGACGGAGAUCGGCGCGCUUGUAUCGGAAAAGAGGGAGAUUAUAUCGGUGCCCGACACCGCCACUGUACUGGACGCUCUCGAGCUAAUGAAUGCGAACGGCAUAGUGGCGCUGCCAGUGGCGGCACCGCCGGGGAAGUGGCUCGGGGCGGGCGGGGCGAACAUCGUGGACGGGGAGAAGCAGUACAUUACGCGGCAGUGCAUGCAGCGAGGGAGAAAGAGAGAGGGAGUCAUUCUCUCUUUGAUGUUUCCCCUCCUCACUACCACCCUCUCCCUGGCGCUCGUCCCCUCCAUCCAAACGCACCUGCUCCCCCAUCCAUCGGGGCGUGGUGAGCAUGCUGGACGUGGCAAUGCAUCUAGUGAGGGAGGGCGACACAUGCCCCCUCUCACUUGUUAUCCUUUUCCUCUCCUUCAUUCGAUGCAUCUUUCCUCCCCCUUCACCCAUCAGAAAGUGGUGAGCAUGGCGGACGUGGCGAUGCAUCUAGGAGUGGUGAGCAUGGCAGAUGUAGCGAUGCAUCUAAUGAGGGAAGGUGCACGCCCGGCAGCGCUCAAGGCGGGUGUGGCGAGCCUCAUGAGCAUUUUCCCUUAUACUCGUCUGCUUCCCCUCUCUCCCCUCCAUCAGGGAGUGGGAGUGGUGAGCAUGGCGGACGUGGCAAUGCAUCUAGUGAGGGAGGGAGCGAGGCCAGCAGCGCUCAAGGCGGGUGUGGUGAGCCUCAUUGGCAACUCGCCUGAAGGGCUCUCUCUCUGGGUCGCCUCCAGCUCCACGCCUCUGGUAGACGCCAUGGAGCCACUAAGCAAGGGCAUUCACCGCCUGCUCGAAUCACCGGCAGCAGAGAGUGGAGCAGAAGCAGCAGACGCAACAGGAGAGGCAGCAGCAGCGGCAGGAGGAGAAGCAGGAACAACAGAGGAAGCAGCAGAUGCUGCUAGGCCGGCAACAGGAUCAGAAUCAGAAGCACCACCCCCGGCUCUCAAGCACUCCUACCACUUCGUCUCACAGACUGACGUGGCAGACUUCCUGCUGCUCCACGUGGACGCCCUGGGUGACGUGGCACAGCGCACAGUGGAGCAGCUGGGCCUCGCGGACCCGCUCUUCCCGCCCCUCGCUAUAGUGUCGGGCAUCACAGUCACUGACGCGCUGCACCUCAUGCAGCGCGCAGGCGGCGUGCGGGCGGUGGCGGUGGUGGCGGGGAGUGCGGAGGAGAAGGAGCGGAUGGAGGAGGGCGAGGGGUCUGGGUCGGGAGCUGCUUCUGGUGCUGGUGCUGCUGGUGCUGCUGACGUGGCAGGAGGAGGAAGGGGAGGAGGACGGGGUGGGGGAGGGAGGGGGAGGGAUAGGGGUGAGGCGGGGUGGGUGAGGGGGGGGGCGGCUGCUGGGGACUCUGUGCGGGACUUCCUGGCUCACAUGGCGUCGCUCACCCCUGAAGGUCGCCGCCCAUCCAUCAUGUGUCGCAUGGCGGCGCCGCUAGCCGAGGUGAUGGCGCUGGCAGCCACCAACCGCGUGCACCGCGUGUGGGUCACCGGGGAGGAGGACGAGCUGUUAGGAGUGGUGUCGCUCACUGACGUUAUUUCGGCUUGCAGACGGGCGGGUGGACACCGGUAG